GAAUAGGUUGAUCUUCUACUCAGCAGCCGAUAUAUGCCCUAAAUAAACGAUUGUGUCCCAAAUUUGUAUCAAUUCGAAUACGCGUCACCCUGUGUCUGGAAUAGUUUACCACAUUUAUAAAACUUGAUUACUUUGACGGGAAUUAUAUUCAACGCGUUUUUGCAUUGUUAUAUUUGUGACGUGAAAAGUGAAUUAAGAUACUAUAAUUAAAGGUUAUAAUGGCCGAUGAUACGAACGAAGACAGCUGGCUGUAUGGCACGUCCAAUCCCGAUUCCACGACGAAUGAAGAGAAUGUGGAUGCUAAUGUCGGUAUAGAUAAUGGGAGACCGCUGUUGUCUCAGAAAUCUGAAAAUGAAGCGACCGCAUUGGGUGGAAGUGGUGAUGUAUUGGCACCAAAACAGGUCGAAGCGCAUGAUGAGGAAGAACCAUUCGGUGAGUUUGAAGAUCCGGCCCAGGAGAUGGAGGAGGACGAGGAAGCUGCGGCUGCUGCCGCCAGCACCGCUGCCGAUACUACUGACGCCGGCGAAGAUACAGGCGAAAAUGCUCAACAGUCAAAAACUUCGGAAGAUGGUGAGGCGAACUCGGACGAUGAAGACGACUCUGAUGAUGAUAUCAAUGUUGUUAUUGGCGAUAUAAAGGCAGGACCCAGCACAUAUAAUAUUAAGCAACGUUCUAACUUAUUGACUGGACCUCCUGGUUCAGGUCAAGAGAAAACCAAGUCUGGUGCACCGGGCGGGAAAUUUAGUGUUGAAGAUUUUGAAGGUGUUGGUACUAUAAACGGUGUUCCAGCACACGAAUUUAGUAUCGAUUCCUUGGAAGAUAAGCCUUGGCGAAAACCAGGUGCAGAUAUUACUGAUUAUUUUAAUUACGGGUUCAAUGAAGAGACAUGGCGCUCUUAUUGCGAGCGUCAAAAACGAUAUCGUAUACAGGAGAGCGGCAUUGGGUUGGCAAGUUUGACACAAAAUCUUAAUCAAUCAGGCGAACGACAACAUGAGGGUACUGGAGGUGGAGGCCAAAUAACCACAAUAAUGCCCGGCCUAUUAUCAAAUGAUCAGAUGCAAAUGCCACCUCCGGGCAUUUUACCACCCCCUCAGGGUAUGCACCAUGGUCCGCCACGUAUGGGCAUGGGUAUGCCCCGUGGACCUCGACCGAUCAGUACUACCAGCAGCAAGGAGAAUCCUAUCCAAGUAAUGACCGCCGAAUGCCGUGAAUAUUCGAGACCAGGUACGAUAGCCCAAAUGCCGCCGAACUUUGGUGCACCACAACCCCCGGAAGAGCCAUACUUUCCAGAACCUGAAACAUUUGAUUACGGCUACGAACCAACACAAGAGUCGCAAUGGAAUAAUGAAAAUCCGGGAUGGCAUCCAUCAUCGGGCAUAAAAGAACUAACACCCGGACCAGCAAUGGUUCCACCGCCAGCAGCUGGUAUGUCAGGUCCACCUGGUGUACCCCCGAUGGGUGUGCCUCCUCCUCAAAUCGGAGGGCCCCCACCGCAAAUGCGUCAGCAUCCUCCCAUAAUGCCUGGAAUGCCUCCACCAAAUAUGGGAAUGGGCCCGCCGCCGCCUGGCAUGGGUAUGAUGAUGGGCCCCGGCGGAGGACCACCAAUGAGAAUGCCUAUGGGACCUCCCCGCAUGAUGGGACCACAUGUAGGUGGACCGCCAAAUCCAGGACAUAUGGAUCGCGAGCGUCAUGAUCGUGACCGUGAAAGAGAGCGCGACUAUGAACGGAAUGAUCGGCGAGAGCGUGAUAGAGAUCGGGAGCGAGAUCGCGACCGUGAGCGAGAGACAGAGCGCGAGCGCGAACGGGAAAGAGAAAGAGAACGAGAAAGACCCCGCCGUGAACGUUCACGUAGUCGAGAUAAGUCUAGACGGCGCUCAAAAUCACGUGAGAAAGAACGUGAUCGUGAGCGUGAAAGAGAACGUGAUCGUGACCGAGAUGGCGAGCGAGAACGAGAGCGUGACAGAAGUGAAAAACUUGACCCGGAUCCUGAACGUGCAGUAGAUGAGGAUCGCGAACGAAGAAGACGUGAACGUGAUCGGGAACGCGAGCGCGAAAGAUCUCGGCGAGAACGUUCGCGUAGCCGUGAGAAGACACGCCGCCGUUCAAAAUCUCGUGAAAAAGACCGAGAGCGCAGUAGCAAAACUGUCGGUACUUCCUCUUCGACGAGUCGCAGCGAAAAGAAAAAAUCUCAUCGCAAAGAUAAGGAAGAAGAGGAGUGAGCACAAGUAAAUCUUAUACUUAAUGAAGUCUUAGCGAUUAGCAAUAUAAAUUGAAAUUAAAAGUCACCAUGCCACUUUCAGAAUGUAGUGGUGGCAAAUAAAUUAAAAAUGCUUUUAAGAUUUACAGCGAAAUUCAUAAAAAAUAAAGAAUAAUUUAACUGCUUUAUAAAUCG